CGGAGCCUCCCCGACUUCCCCGAGUCAGUCGAGUCCCACCCUGAGGAAUAUGGAGGUGGCCGGAGGCGCCGAGACUGAGAUUCGGCCUCUGAAGCCGUGUCUGCUGCGCCGCAACCACAGCCGCGAGCAGCAUGGCGUGGCGGCCUCCUGCCUGGAGGAGCUGAGGAACAAGGCCUGUGACAUUCUGGCCAUUGAUAAGUCCCUGGCACCAAUCACCCUGGUCCUGGCAGAGGAUGGCACCAUAGUGGAUGAUGAUGAUUACUUCCUGUGUCUGCCUUCCAAUACUAAGUUUGUUGCCUUGGCCAGUAACGAAAAGUGGAUGUACAACAAUUCAGAUGGAGGUACAGCUUGGAUUUCCCAAGAGUCCCUUGAUGUAGAUGAAACGGACACUGGGGCAGGGCUGAGGUGGAGGAACGUGGCCAGGCAGCUGAAAGAAGACGUGUCCAGCAUCAUCCUCCUGUCCGAGGCAGACCUCCAGGUGCUCAUUGAUGCUCCGUGUUCAGACCUGGCUCAGGAACUCCGCCAGAGCUGCGUCACCGUCCAGGGGCUCCAGAACACCCUCCAGCAGGUCCUGGACCAGAGGGAGGAAGCCCGUCAGUCCAAGCAGCUCUUGGAGCUUUACCUCCAGGCUUUAGAGAAGGAGGGCGGCAUCUUGUCAAAGCAGCAAGAGUCCCAAACUGUUGGUGACCAGACGGAUGCAGUCGACACGGGUGGUAACAGAGAGAGCUCCUCCACAAUCGCACUCACAAGCCAGAUCCUUACUGUGCUGAAGGAGAAGCCUGCUCCAGAGCUGAGUCUGUCCAGUCAGGAUUUGGAGACCCUGGCUCCUCGCUGCCCCGUUUGCCUCUUCUAUGCACAAUAUCUCAUUUCAUCUAUGUCAGAAUGGCUUGAACAAACGUCUCAUUUCAUCUAUAUCAGAAUGGCUUGAACAAACAGGCACCUCCCCGUGUAGCUAAAAGGCAGGAGACCUCUCGACUUGCGCCUGGCCUAAAUUUCCCGUAAGUGGAGGACUUGACAAGUUGCUCCCACGAAACUUCCAGAGGGACUUUCGUGUCGGUGUUGGAGGGUAAGGAAAGGCCGUGGCCAUGGAGCGUGAAAGGAUUCUGGCGUUUCAGCAUCAAGGCCUCACGUACGCCGGCGCUGCCCGAGCUCAGUCCCCUAAAGAAAACCCCGGGAGCGAGAGAGCAGCAGGCGAGGGGAGCCGGGAGCGCUUCUCAGUGGUUCUCAUUCUUGCCACAGCUGGUCGCCAAGGAAGACCCCGGAGCUUUGGCUGCCGCUUUGAGCUGGGACGCGGAGAAGACGGUGACGGUGCAGCAGGCCUGUAAUCAGGAGCUCAGCCUGCGCCUCCAGCAGGUGCAGAGCCUGCGUUCUCUCCGGAACCUGUCGGCCAGGAAGAGUUCGCUGCCUGGAGAACGGCAGGAGCCUAAGCGAGCCAGACAAGACCCCACGUAGCUGCAGCCGGAGACCCCGUGGCCUUGUUCUCAUUCUCAGUAAAUACCUUCAGCCCGAUUACUGUAGCUGCUGCCUUAAUACUGUACCCCCUGCCUGAUAGCACCUUCUGGAACAGCCUGGAAGACCAGCCUCCUGUGGUCCCUUCCAGAAAAGUGCUGCCACAUCUCAGCUCCCGCCCUUGCAUUUUUUGAAUGACAAAGCUGCACCCACAAUACCCCACCUCUUACUAAUGAGCUGUUCUCAUGGUCUCUGUGUGAAAGUAACGGUCAAGGGCAGUGAAAAGAAGCUGUUGUAUUUCAGACUCACUAUCCUUUUUCAGAAGCUAGAACUGCAGAAUUUUCAACACAGAUAAUGGUCAGGAAGGUGACGUACCAGAGUUGAUUUAUGGCCACAAACUCGUUUCUCAAGUGAAUGAAUUUUUUGGUUUGUGUAAGGGCGCAUAUUAAGUCUGCAGACCAUAGGGACAUAUGGAGAGUCUGAUUCGCCAUUUCUAAUUGUGAAAUUAUAUUUGUUACCACUGUGAAACUGUUUCCAGUUUUCUAAUAUGUUUUAUCAGCAGGGGGUAUGAAAGGUCAUUAAACCGAUCUCCAUGUGA